AUGGACCCACCCACGCGCAAAAAGAAGCCCAUCGAGAAAUUGUUAGAUCUAAUCGUGGGACAUGCAACGCUGCUUUCGUACGUGCUGCUAGCGGCCGGCGUCGUCGGGUUUGGUGCGCUGCCUCUGCUGGAGCGCAACAUCAGCUUUGAUGAGAACGCGCUGCUCGCGGGCUCGGCACGCCCGACCAUCAGGCAACAGUCCCCUGACGCCUUCUCCGCGGCAGCAAAGCUGUCGGACGCGCUCGCGUCCGCAUUCCGCACCCCCGCGUUCCGCGACAAGCUGCGGCGCGCCCUCGACCGCGCCGGCCUCGAAGUUUACGAGCAGCCCUUCGCGGUACGGCCCCCUGGAUUUGGCGGCAGGUCUGGCGGCGGCGGCGGCGGCGGUGGGGAGCUGCUGUGCAGCAAUCUGCAUGCCGUGCUGCGGUCGCCGCGCGGCGACGGCAAGGAGUCGAUAGUGCUGGUGACGCCGGUGACGCUGCAGCCGUUUGCGGCGGAUUUCAACCAGACCGCCGCGGGCGCCGCCCUGGCCGUGUCGACGGUGCACGCGCUGCUGCUGCACCUGCGCGGCGCCCCCUGGCUGGCGAAGGAUGUGAUCUGGGUCAUCUCUGACGCAAGCUGCGGCCUGGUGGAGGGGGUGGCGGCCUGGGUGGCGGAAUACCAGCAGACGCCCGGACCAAGCAACGUCCGCUCGCUGCCGCCACCGGCCCCGGGCGCCGCCGCGCCCGGCGCGGCCCCCUUCGGCCGCGCGGGCGUGAUGCAGCAGGCGAUCGUGCUUGAGGCAGCCGUCGGUGAUCUUGACGCGAUCGAGUUUCCGCUGCCCGGAUAUGAUGGGCAGCUGCCAAAACUCGACAUGUACUGGCUGCUCAAGUACUAUGCCAGCGCAUACGUCAGGGCGGCGCACGUCGACGAGCCCCCCGCCCCACCCCCAGCCCCGCUGCGCGCCCUAGCGGCCGCUGCCGCGCGCGCCGCAGGCCCCGCCGCCGGCGCGGCCGCGCUGGGUCACCUGCAGCGCGCGGCCGCGGUCGCCGCGUUCGCGUGGCGCCAGGCGCGGGGCCUGCCGCUCGGCGCGCACGCGCCCUUCAAGACGGCGAGCGCGGACGCAGCCACCCUCCGGCUGCUGCGCCUCGGCGGAUCCUCCGGCGCCGCCGCCGCCGCCGCCGCCGCCGCGCCGCCGCUGCCGUCCGCGGCCGCGCGGCCGCAGCUGGCGGAGGCCCUUGAGCUCUCAGUGAGAAGCUGCAGCGUGCUCAUCGAGAAGUUUCACCACAGCUUCUUCCUGUACGUCCUAGUCAGCGCGAGGACGUUCCUCAGCGUGGACCAGUACAUCGGGGUCGUCGUGGCGCCGAUCCUCGUACUAGUGCUGCAG